AUGAUCGAGCUGGGCCUGGCACGCAUCACCGCCCUCUUAAAGAACACCCCCCAAACCUGGAAAGCCAUUCAUGUCGCCGGCACGAAUGGUAAGGGCUCGAUAUGUGCAUAUCUAAACGCCAUGCUGCGCGCCAGUCGUGUGUCCUGCGGUAGGUUCACUUCGCCUCACCUGGUCGACCGCUGGGACUGCAUCACCAUCAAUGACAGUCCCGUGUCCGAGGCUCAGUUCCGCCACUAUGAAGAACUCGUCAAGAGGCGGAAUCAAGAGGAGAGCCUCAAUGCGAGCGAGUUUGAGCUGCUCACAGCUACUGCCUUCGAAAUCUUCGAGGCGGAGAACGUUGAAUUUGGCGUCGUCGAAGUCGGACUUGGCGGGAGACUUGAUGCGACCAAUGCCCUGAAACACAAAACUGUAACCAUCAUCUCCAAAAUUGGUCUCGAUCACCAGUCUUUUCUAGGCAAUACCCUCGAGGAGAUAGCCCUCCAGAAGGCCGGCAUAAUACGCCACAAGGUGCCUUGUGUGGUCGAUGCGAGCAACCCCCAUUCCGUUUUAGAUGUUAUCCGAUCGCAUGCCGAAUCCUUGGACUCUAGUGUUAGACUUGCAAAUUUGCGAUCUAAUAGUUUUGGAGGUGAGCUCGCUGAGCAGCUUGAGCAACAUCAGCAACAAAAUUUACUUUGUGCAUACGAGGCAUUUCACCUCGCCUAUCCCCACCAUGCCAUGUCGAUACAUGAGCUUCUUACCGUAGGCGCAAAUGCAGUCUGGCCCGGUAGGCUACAAUCCAUCGAUAUCCGAAGGAUAACGGGAAGAGUUCAACCUGUACUCCUAGAUGGCGCCCACAACCCCCAGAGCGCAGACGUACUCUCGGCAUUUGUUGAGAAGCGACUUAGGGCUCCUGGUAAACCUGUUACGUGGGUUUUUGCUGCGUCAGCGGGGAAAGAUAUCUUCGAGAUAUUGAAGGUGCUAUUACGUGACGGCGAUAAUGUCACCACAGUAGAGUUUGGGCCUGUUGAUGGCAUGCCUUGGGUCAAGCCAAUGGAGUCUGCUGCAAUUCUUCAGACUAUUGACGACACAGGGAUUUCCAUCCAUGGCCGGCAGGAUGCUCAAGCCGAUGUGGCUAAUGGUCUGAACUGGGCCAGCAAGGUAUCUGAUGGCGGGCCCCUAGUCGUGGCCGGAAGCCUUUAUCUGAAAACCAUUAAAGAGGCUACUCCUUGGCCAAUAUACGAGGCACCCAACCAUCUCAUUAUCGUCUGCUGUCACGCGAUAUGGCUUGGCGGGGUUUCGCGGGGCUACGAUGAAAAUGAGUGGCUGAUAAGCGAUUUUCAAGCUGGGGAGACUCCUACCUUCAUCGAACAUAUCAAGGCCGGGCUGCACGUGUUAAAGAAUGAUAGAAAAUCCACGGGUUCUACGCGCAAAGAGGCACGGUUAUCUGAAGCCAGCAGCUACGCCAAUCUGGCGGCAGUCAAUGCUUACUUUGAAAUUAUCCCAGAAGGUGAUGCACUCCCAAGAAUACACAUAGAGGAGCGAGCUCUGGAUUCGUACUUCAAUGUACUCUUCUCUAUCAUUCAGGUCUGGACUACCUAUAGUGUCUGGCCCACGAAGAUGACCAUUGUGAGCCAUGCGUUCAAGCGAGAGCGCCUCGUCGAUUGCCAUUGCGGAGCUAUUCGUUUUCCCUUGGAUCGCGUCGACUUCGUUGGGGUUGACCCACCAGGUAUGAUGGACGGUUCAAACCAGAUAGCGAUACCCGGCAUUUCAGAAGCCGUUAGUCAGUGGAAAGCGGACCCCCAUGGGGAAGGGGAAGCUCUAUCUUCCAAGCGUAACCGGCGGAACCCAUGGAGUAUAUCGCAGGCUCUGUUCUCAAAUGAGGCGGAUCGUAGCCGUAGCGGGGUUCGCUCUCGCAUUCUCAAUGAUGGGCAAGAGCAUCUCAUAAAUGGUGCUCCUCAGCCGUGGUCUAAUGACUAG